AUGGCAUCAUUAUUUCCAAAUUACAAAGAUUACGAUCCUCAAUACUAAAGGUAUUAUCAAAAACUUACUAAAGAGCCUUAUUUCUUAGAUGAAAUCACUAUGGAAGAAGCCUAAUCUUACUUUUAUGUAUUUACUUUUAAUACAUAAUUUAGAAUAACAUCAUCUGUACUAAUAUUAUUAAUUAUACCUUUAAAUACAUCCUUAGUCAAAUACAUAAGAACAUAACACUAGAAACUUAUUUAGUCCUUCAUACUAUUUAAUUCUAAUAAAUUAGAACAAGAAUUCCGCAAUAUGCUAUUAUUAUUACUUUUGAUGGAAUCAAAUAUGCUGGAAUGCUUUGGGACACACUCAAUCAAAUUAUAUUUCUCAUCAAUCGAAAUUCUUAAAUUGAAUCUGCCUUUACAGAUUAAUCAAUCUAUCAUAUUUAAUCGUAUUCUAAAGAUUUACUCUCAGAAAUUGCUGCACUUUUUAUAAGGUUCUUAAAUAAUCAAGAUAAACAUUCAACAUAAAUUUAGUUCAAUUUUCAAUAAUUCACUAAUGAAUCUCUUAUUAAAUGGGCUAUGCUUAAAUAAUAUCGAAACAAAUAAAUGAAACUUAACGGUGAAUCCUAUUCCAAAAUUUUUGAUGAUGAUUUCUUAAAGGAUAUUAACCAAUCACCAUCAAAUUCAAGUUAAUAAACUCUUUUAGAACUUUAAAAAGUUAUUAAUAAUCAGUCUAAGUCCUUUUCACAAUUCUCUUAACCAAAUCAACUAACAUAAAACUAAAACAAAUAAACCACUUAAAGAUUAAGAUAGAGAUCCUUAUUCAAAAUUUCAAAUAAGAAUGAUUUGAGUUAAGAAUAAGUAUCAACAAAACAAUUAGAACCAAAAUAAAAUGAUUCAAAUUUAAAAUAAAAUUAAUUACCCUAAUUAAACAAAUAUCCGAAAUAAAAUUAAAACCCUUAAAUUAUUUUAUAAGUUCCCUAAAAUCAUCAGAUUGAUUCUCUCAAUGAAUCUAUCUCUGUAUCAGAUUUUCUAAACUAUAUGAAUAACUUCAAAUAACACAUUCUUACUUAAGAUCUUAAAGAUUAAUCAAAUCCGACUACUUAUCCAUUUUUUAAUCCUGAACAAGUUUUAAAAUUAAAAUUGGAUGAUAUGGAAACCUUAUUAUAAGAUUAAGUGAGAUACAAAAAAAAUACAAUCAUGAAACCAACUUAAAAAUUGUUGCAUCUUCUAAAAUACUAUUCAAAACACAAUCCAUAUCAAUAUCAAAUUAUAGUAAAUAAAUAUUCUGAUUUUAUUCAUGAAAGAGUACUAUAUAUAAUAAUUAUUUAAGUUAUUAGAGAGAAUGGGAUUGCCUUAAACUGUAAAAAAUGUGGAGAAAGACCUUUUUUCAUUUUCAUCCAUACCUUAAUCGAAAAAGAGAGAAAUCGAUCAAAAAAUAAUUUAAGACUAAGUUAUUAAUCUAAGAUUUAAUUAAGAAAUCAACAUGUACGAAUAUAAUCAGUUGAAAGAUUAAUUAAUUCUAUCUUAAAAUCUAAUGGAUGUUUAUUUUAACUAUUUGUAGGAAACAUUUUAGAGAGUCCUUAUCCUCCCUUUUGGAUUUUAUUAGAUUUUGAGUGAAAAUUUUUUAAAGUAAAGAGCAAUAAAUUAUAUAUAUAUAGGGCAAAGAGCUAUACAGAUUAAUAUUAAGGAAGUGGAAAGACAAUCUUUGAUUAAUUUGAUUAGAUUAUAAUUCCAAUAAAAUUGACAAAACAUGAAUAUGUAGGAGUGUAUAUAGAUUUUAAUUAUAGAAUAAUGUAUUUCAUUAACACAUUAGCAAGAAGUGAUAGUAGAAAAUAAAUUUAUAAUUUUAGGAAAGUUUCCAUUUCGUGUAGAAAUAUUAGAUAUGCCCAUAAUGUAAAAUAUAGUUAGAUUUAUAAAGAAUGAAUAUAAUACUAAAAUCAUGAAAUCGUUUAAUAUUUUAUAAUGGAGUAAUUUUAGUUUGAUAACAUUUGUAAGAAUUUGUGGAGUUUCAGAAUGAAUAUGCCCAAAAUAUUACUCAUAGUGGUUUAGUACUAGUUUAUAUAAUUGAUUCAAUUUGCAAUCAUGAAAAUGUAUUGGGAAGCAUUGAAAGAUUGAAAAUGUUUAAGAAUAAAAUUUUGGCUUAGAUUGAAAAAUUAAAAAUUGAG